UUCUCUCUGGCUUCCCUCAAAACCACCUUCAAAUUCAUUCAGAGGUCAAUCGAAAUCUAAGAGACCAGCUUCGACUCAACCUUUGUUAUUUCGCACGCCUUUCUCUUCAGAAACGCGAACAUGUGUUCGAACUGGACCAACUCGUCUUGUAUAACCGCUGAUCUCGAACCUUCGAACCGGUACCUGGCGUCGGCAGUGGUGUAUGGUCUGGUUCUGGCAGUGGGUCUACCGCUCAACACGCUGUCCCUGUGGAUCCUGCUGCGCUCUCACGGGUUCCGGUCACCGUGCGCCGUGCUCAUGGUGAACCUCGCGGUGUCCGACAUGCUCCUCGCGCUCUCCCUGCCACUGCGCGUCUACUUUUACGCAACGCUCAAGUGGCCGUUUGGAGCGGCCACAUGCACCGCUGCCUUAAUGUUGUUUCGCGUGAACAUCAGAACGAGCAGUAUCUUCAUCACUUUGAUCAGCGUGGACCGGAUGAUCGCCCUCGUCUUCCCUCUGCGCUCCCGGUCCUUGAGAACCCCCGGGUGCGCGCUGAAGUGCUGUGCGGUCGUGUGGAUCCUCCUCACCACCCUCUGCAUCCCAGAGAUUAGAAGACUCUAUGACGCCCUGAAGGGGUGUCCAAAAAUACCGUGCUUUGAGAUUCAAUUGCACUCCAAAAGCUCGCAUGUCGUCUCGAUCUCACAGGCGAUAUUUUUAUUGGUACUCCUCCUGGUCAACAUCGUCUCCACGGUCGUGGUCGUUAUCGUUCUGAGGAAGCGUCCCAGCGCUGGAGCGGCCAAGGUGAACAACAAAAUGAACGUGAUAAUGAUUUUUAUAGUCAACAUGUUGGUGUUUGUGAUAUUUUUCAUGCCGUUUACUUUACAUCUCUUGACAUACACUGAGGACGAUUGCGGGGAGUCUUUACUUGCGCUCGUGUGCCUGGCGAGUGUCAACUGCUGUCUGGAUCCGCUCAUCUACUACUUCUCUCUGGACUCGUUCUGGCAGGACAAGGGGAAAAGACAAACGGAAGCAGGCACUCAUUCCCUCAGCAGGUCGAUGGAAAGGUCUUAACAGUUAGGAUAAACAAUGGCCUUCCACGGAGCCCACAACAGGACAUUGAGAUGGAUGAAGAUGGAAGGAAAGAUAUAUUACAAUGUUUUUGAGCUCUUUCGCAAAAAAAAAAAAAAAGAAAAAUUGCGGAAAAGAAAAGAAUUGCGGGCAAAUUGGGACACUUUUGAGAUAAAUGUAGUCCUGUAGUCUUUCUCCUUCGUUGUUUUGUUUACAUGACGAAAGUUUUGCGAAGGAACACAAUUUCUCGAUGGAACGCAAACGUUUUUCGAGUGCGCAACCCUUUUUUCCCUCACCAUCAAGCCCUUUAAACCAUACAGGAAGGAUAAAGUAAAUAUAGAUGGUGUUCAAAACUUACCUGGACACUUUAUGAGUAUCAAAUGUUAGUGGAACAUGUUCUUGGUUAAUGUGGCUAACUACUUCCAUGGUUUAUCUUCCAGAACACCUGUUUGAACUUGAAAACUUAUUUCAUUCUUCCACUAAAAUGUUCCUGAACAGGAUAAACUGCAGAGUUAUUAGCAUAUUUUGUUAAAAUGUCCCAUUUAAAUUUCUAAAUGUGCACUUUUGUCUAUUGAACCCGUUAGGUAAGUGACAUAUUGAUUAUACAUAUAAAUCAUUCAAUACUUUUUUAUGUACUUUAAAUCUAGGGUUAUCUGUGGUGAAGCAUCAUGUAAAGACUUUCAGAAUGUCUAUAAUAAAAAAAAGUGUUACAUUUUGGUGAUACUCUAUAAAACAUGGUUUAGUUUUGUAUGCUUAUUUAUUUUUAGAAUGAUGGCUAAUGAACCACAUUGAGGCUAUGCUUUUUUUUCCACUUCCUGUGAUGCUGGUGAGAAAACAUCCACUCACUUUCGAUGCGGUUUUGUUUUUUUUGCAUUUUGCAUUUUGUCUUAACAUUUAACAUUUCAGAGGAAGUUCCAUGUGCAUCUUUUGCAUUGUCAGUCACAAAAACAGAAACUUACAUUUACGCAGUGUCUGGUUCCAUCUAAAUGAGUAAUCAUGAAUGUCUCUGAGGUCAUCUGGGGAUGCUGAUGCUUAAAUAUUAUAUAGGAAUAUUGGCUUUGGAGAACAUUAAGAUAUUUAAGAUGAUAACUAACAUAUCAAUUUUUUGUCAUCAUCAUUGCUAUCAUAGAUGUUUACAGUUGAGGUGGUUUCUUCAUAUGGCUGCAGUGGUUUAUACAGUAUUGCGAUAAAUGUGUCUGUUGUUGAAUUUGCCAUCAUUAUUGUCAGAUGACAGAAAUCUGCUUAUUUUGUAUAGUUGAUGUAGAUGAUUUCAAAGCACUUUUUUUGUUCUGUCAUCUAAAACAUUUAAAAAUUGACUUUUUAACAACAAUAUUGAAUUUAAAAGAGUUUUUGUAUAACAUGUAAUCAUGAAUCUGAGGUUUCAGUGAUUCUUCAAGUGUCUUUUCUCACUGUUGUCAGUUUAAUCUAUUUUUUAUAUAUUAAAAAGGAGUUUAUAUUAAUACCCUUGGUUUAUCUUUCAACAUUUAUGAUUAAUUUAAAUCUGUAUUUUAUCGGUUUUCUUGGAGGUGUCAUAUUUAAUGUCACGUAUCCUUAUAUUUCUCCCCCUAACUUCCUGUGUACUACUGUAACCGAAUUCAGUAAAUACAAAAAAAAAAAAAAAAAUUAUAAUAAUGAUUAAUAUGCCUUUCAAAUUAUGAGUAGCAGAGAAGAUUUUAUAAAUUCUUUAGAUAAAUGCAAAAUAGUGUGUUUUUGUUGUCUAGCUGCCACAAAUCUAAUAAUCUUAUAUAAUCCUAAUAAACCUGUUUGAUGAAAAAUAUUUGAAGUCUUAAGCAUGACUUAGCCGUUAAGAAUUUGUUCUAUAAACUGUGUUUAGAUUUUGUAAACUAACACAGCUAAUGCAUGUGCACAGCAGGAUUGGAACGAUGCCGUUUGGAAGCAGUCCUUUGCGUUUGGUAGCAUAUUUCAUUAGCUAUAAAGUAACUUAUAAGUAUAUUUACAUGGAUGGAUAAGGUCAAAUUUCGGAAAAAAUAUAUUUAACGAAUAGUGCAUCGAAAAAUUAAAAUUUGCUAAAAAGAAAACUCUAAAUCUAACAUGUAGGGUUAGUUUGUUCAUCAGAACCUAUAAGGAUAAAGUUAGCAUUAUAUCACUUGCUCACCAAUGGAUCCUCUGCUGUGAAUGGGUUAGAAUUUAUUUAAAGGUGACCUACUGAGCAAUAGUAAUUAACUUCAUGUACUUAUGGUUAGGGUUAGAGUUUGCCUUAUUGGUAUUAUAAAACAUGUCACAUGUAACAAGGACACAAUAAAGUAUUUACUCACCUUCACAUUGUUCCAAACCUGCACAAAGCUCUUUUUCAUACUGUGGCGAGUGGGGAGGGGCCGAGAGGCGUGGGAACGAGGAGUGAGGCCAGGUGUAGUGAUUGGAGAUGAGCUACACCUGCGCCCCACCGCCAGUAUCGAGUCCCACGUAGGAGAUGGAAGGAUAUAAAACUGGAGCGACUAUAGUGAAGGGCGAGAGAGGACCAGGCCUGGGACAUUAUUUUAUGUGUUUGCUUUUUAUUUUAUGCGCACCAGUCGUCCGUGAGGAACUGGUGCGCUGUUUUGUAUUUACUUUUGAAUAUUAAAAUGUUUUGAUUGUG